GAAAAAUUCUGCGCGGUUGUCAAUUUUAGAAAAUAAAUGUAUUUAAUUGAUUUAAUUAGUUUUAAGCUCUAAAAAUAUGAUUUAUAGAUUAUCAAGAAGUUUUUCUACCCUAAAAUAUAAUCAUCUUCGCGUGUUAUUCUUUGGAAAUGAUAAAUUCUCCUUGCCAAGUUUGGAGCUGCUGAAUCGGGAAUUUAAAAAACAGUCUUUUGUGGAAAAGCUAUCUGUGGUGACUCAUAUGAAGAUGCAAUCAAAUCCUGUAAAGAAAUACGCCUUGAAGGAAAACCUGGAAAUAUUCCCCUGGCCAAUCGGGCAGGAAAUUCAGGGACAAUUUGAUGUUGGAAUAGUCGUUUCCUUUGGUCAUCUCCUCAGUGCAUCUUUGAUAGAAUCAAUUCCUCUGGGAAUAAUUAACGUUCAUGGAAGUUUACUUCCUCGCUGGCGGGGAGCAGCUCCCAUUAUGCAUGCCCUUAUGGCAGGUGACACUGAGACUGGAGUCAGCAUUAUGCGAAUCAAACCAGAUAAAUUCGAUAUUGGAGAGAUUCUGGCCCAGACCAGAAUCCACAUUGACCCGGACACAUUAAUGCCACAGCUUCAUGAUGAUUUAGCCAAUCUCGGAGGAGCUCUUCUUCUUGACUGUUUGAGAAAUAUUGAGGAGAGUCUCGCAAAAGCCAAACCACAAAGCUCUCAAGGUGUUUCCUACGCUCCUAAAGUCGAUAAGAGGCCAGAACCUGUUCGAUGGGAUGAACUCACUUCGACAGAAAUCUUCAAUCACUUUCGAGCAUUCUUCUCCUUCAAACAUCUCAUGACCAAUUGGCAAGAAAUCACCUUUAAACUUCUCUCAAUCUCCACUCGAGAAAUCACUUCUAGUGAUCAGCUGAGUGUCCUGAAGGAUAAAUCUCCGGGAUCAUUUGUUUUUCACAAACAGGAGCGAUGCUUCAUUGUAAAAUGCUCCCAGGACACAUACCUGAAUAUUCUUUCAAUUGGAAUCGAAGGCAGGAAGGCGAUGUCAGCACUAGACUUUUACAACGGCUUCAUCCGGAAACGCCCCAAAAGUCCUGAAACCAGUAAAUUUCAAUAAAACAAUUUUUUAGUUUAGAAAAACCAAAUUGUAAUUCAUUAAAAUCUGUCGACAAGUUGAA